AUGAUUACUACGAAAAAAGAGGUUUGUUCGUUGUGGAACAAAUUCCUCCACAGAAGCUACCUCACCCCAUUCCAUUGUUUAAACAGUAACCGAGUUGUGAAAUGUGUAAGAUAUGACUCCUUUAGUAGUUCUACAACUAGCUUAAACAGAACUGUGGAUAUAUAUGAACAACAUGUUUGCAGUAUAGAAGAGCUAAAAAGAUGUUUAUUUAUUGAAAGAGUAAGUGAAUAUAUGUUUAAAAAAAUAAUUCAUAAAGCAAAAAUAGAUAGUAAGAAUGAUAGCAAUGUAACUAUUGAGGAUAUGCUAUUAGUACUAGUAGUGUUUAAUAAAAAUUAUCCAUAUUUUAAGGAUGAAUACCCAGAAGAGUUUUAUCAUAAUAUAUGUGUGAACAUACUAAGUAGAAUAAAAUUAAAAAUUCAUUAUUUAUAUACUAGCAAAAUGGUAAUAUACACAAUGAAUAUUCUAACCAAUUUAAAAUUAGUUGACAAUAUUAUAUUAGAUUCAUAUAUGAAUAAGUGUUCAUACUUUAUAUUAAAUGAAGAAUACGAAAUUUAUGACCUUGUUCAUUUUAUUUCGAUAUUCAGUAAUAUACAUAUUAUGAAACAAGAAUCCAAAUUUAAAAAGUUAAAGCCUUUCAACUGGUCUUUAAUAAAAACCAUAUGUGAUAAGUUAACUUAUAAUUUUGACCAUUUAUUUAUGCUGUACAAGGAUAAUACUUAUUCGUACAAGUUGAGGAAAGAAAUUAAGGAACGUAUGAAAAUGAUUAGAAGUGAUCUGAGUAAUAAGGCGCUUAAUAAACUUCGUAAUGAAGCGAGUGAGGAUAAAAACCACUGUAUGCAUGGGAUCCCUUCCGUGGGAUCUUCUGAACCUGGAAAGCAAAGCUUGUUCAACAUUAGCAAUGGCAAUAGUAGCCGUUUUGGAUGCUCAUCAAUGUUUGAGGAUGAGUCUCCGCACACACUAAAGACGCUUCUGCUCAUCAGCAAAAGCUUAAGAGAUUUGAAAUAUGUUCAUGUGAGUUUAUUAAACGAAGUUAUGAAUAAACUAAAAAAGGAUUUACUACAUACGAACGAACCAUAUAUUAAUAUAAGUAGCCAUGUAACCAAUAAAAUAUUUUAUAUCAUGCAAUGCUUUUUAUUUUUGCAAUUGGAGUAUCAUAUGUUUUAUAAAAGCAUCUUAAAUGUAUUUCAGAAUCAUUUAAAAAGAUUAAACAAUUUAGUAGUUGUUUUUUUUUUAUUAGCAAAAAAUAAAUUAUUCCCUUCUAAAACUAUUCAUAUAUUUGAUUCAAUUUUUAUAGAAAAGGUCAAUAAUGGACUUUAUGAUUCGACACAACUCAUUACCCUUUUAGAGUCAUAUGCAAUGCAUAAAUAUAGAGAAACUACUCUAAUUAAUUGUAUACUUUUUUAUUUGAUUCCGCAAAAUGGGUCCUUGGAAAGGGGACAAGAAGAAUUACAUGUUCAGAUUAGGAAGAACAACAUGUGUGGUCACUUCUCCCAUUGUAGGGAUAGAGAAGCAGAUGCAGAUAGAGUUGUUGGUGGAGGAGAGUACCACAAUACGACGCAAAAUGCAGACUUGUAUGAUCAUUAUGAAAAAGGAGGUUCACCCAGAAAGGGAAAUAAUAUGGACCCGUUAGACUGCAUAAUGGAGGAUACUACUGAAAUUAAGAGCGGCAAAAAAAUAUAUAGUAGUGGAAAUAUCACUGAUGGUGAUACACACACAUGUAGUAUAAAUGAUAAUUAUAAGGACAGAUUAAAUGGAACAAGUGGAAUCAGUGAUAUUGGCAGUAUUGGUAGAAUUGACGAUAUUGGUAGAAUUGACGAUAUUGGUAGAAUUGACGGUAUUGGUAGAAUUGACGGUAUUGGUAGAAUUGACGGUAAUCAAGGAGCAGGGCUUACAAAUCCCAGCAGUUCUGGUCAUGCCCACAGCUGCAGUAAACAGUACGCUCCACUCGACCUGAGUGAGAGCAUAAGAGUGCUCUAUAGCCUGUUCAAAUUAGACAUUUAUGAAGAAAAGCUAACAAGUCAAAUAUGCAAUUCAUUGAACGAUCGAACUAUACAUGUUAUAAGCUACAAGUUGUUAAUUAAAUUAUUACUAUGCUUAUGUUACUUUUCAAUUGAUAAUGUAAAUAUAUAUAAUUUAAUGCUUAAAAAUUUAAUAAAAUAUGAUAUAAUCUUAGAUAGCAUAUAUUUAACACAAUUACAAAUAUGCGAACUUGCACUUAGGACUCAACAUGUACCUAAUGUAUACCAUAAAUUAGAUAUUGAAUGUAAAGAAUAUAUUAAUUGUAUAAGAAAUAAAAUUAAAGAAAUAGAGUAUCAUAUUAAAUCAGACCUACAAGAGAAUGUAAAACAGAUCCUUUUGACUUUUAAUUUAUGUGCAGAAGAGGAAGUACCCAUUGGACCUUAUAAUGUCGACUUUGUUGAAGAGGAUAAAGCUGUUUUUUAUUUUGCAAAAGAUUAUAUCUCAACAACAAUAGAAAAAAAAAAAAAAAUAAAUUGUAGCAGUAGUACACCUGGUUAUACAUAUGACACAAACUGCUUCUCGCAAAAUUUGAAAAGUGAAGGAAACCCACAAAAAGGUAGUACUCCAUUGAAUCAAACGGGUAGUACUACAUUGGGACAAACACGCGAAAGUUACAUAUCACAGAAUGGUGAGCAACUUAGGAUGGAUAGAGAAAGUAGUAGUACUCCCCCCAAAGGGGUACACAAUCGACAACAAAUUGAAGAGAACAAAAUAAUCAUAGAAGUAGAUGGUGAACACCAUUUUUAUAAAAACACAAAAUCGUACACAUCUUUUUCAAAAUUAAAACAUAAGCUGCUAAAUGAUUUGGGCUAUACUGUCAUUAAUAUACCAUAUUUUGUUUGGGCUUUAUUAAAAACAGAUUUACACAAAAAAGCUUAUAUUAAAAAAUUAUUAUCAGAUAAGACUAAUUUUCAUUUAAGACAAAUUCUAUCACUUAAUCAAAGUAAUGAACCAUUAAGUAAAAGUCAAGUUUCUCAAAUAAACCAAACUGUACAACAGUCCAAGAGUAAAACAAACUUUUUGAUAGACAUUGCGAAAUAUAGAAAAAAAAAUAAGCUGAAAUUUUUAAAAAAGAAAAUCAAAAAUGUGUAA